CUUGAGGAUGUGCCUCUUCAUGAUUGUGUUACCGACUUAAAGUCGAGCUACGAACCUGCUCAGGUAGGUAAGUACCGUUUCCUCAGGUACAUUCAACGCCAGUAAGGCCAGAACCUUCAUCGAGUCAGGUGCACAAAAUUUGUCACAAAAGAAGAAUUCAAAAAUUUACAUUUCUUUCUCCCUAAAACAGAAAAAAAACUAAAUUAUAUCACUCGUCAUAAUUUGAAGAAAGAAAUCGCAAAGAUGCGGAUCCUGGGAGUAACAAUUUUACUGGUCCUUUUUGGAUUGACCUUUUGCGAGAAGGAAGAUAAUGCAGAUGCUUCGGAAGCAUUCAUGGAAGCUGCUCGGGCGUUAUUUUCAGGCUCUAAUAAUGAUGCUAUCGGUGGUCUCCAGGGUGUGGCCAACGCUUUCAUGCAGUCAGAUGCUGGAAAACAAGUCGGCGAUAUGCUCGGAGGUGGAAAAUCAAAAAAUGACGGAGUCGGUGAAAUUCUCUCUGGUAUUGGACAUCUUCUUUCUGGAAACAAACAAAAUGGAGGUGUUGAUUUAGGUUCAAUUCUUCAAACUGUAUCUUCAUCGAUGGAUCAUAAGGAGAAUUCAAAUGAAAUUCACAAAGACGAGCCGUCAAUGAAUUUUGAAUCCAUGUUAAAUUUGGCAAAUAUGUUUGUUGGUCAGGGUAACAAUGCCGAUGGACUUAUGGGAAUUUUACCAAUGAUAUUGAAUCCUCUUUUGUCUGGCGACAAUUCACAUGACAAUCAAAAGAAACACGAUCAUUCAGAUCAUUCAUGGUGGGUGCCACCAAUUUUGGAGAAUUUUCACGUCAUGUGGGAACAUUUCAGCAAUUCUGAAUUAGGUCAGACACUGUGGAAAAAUAGUGGAUUGGCAAAUAUUGUUGGACAAAUGACCGAUUCAAAGGGUCGUCUUCAGUAUGAGAGGAUUUUGGACAGUUUUGAAAAUCCACAAUUACGAAGACGAUGGGUGAGAUCAUUCACAAAUUUCGUUGCCGAGUCAAUUUCUCAUGUUGCUGAUCCAGUAACACAGCAACGUUAUUUAGGAACAAUUCAAUUUGUAGGGAAUACAUUUCUUAAAUCUCAGGGUUAUCCAAAAUCAGUCAUGUUUGAACCAUCAAGGCCAGCCGAAAGUCUCUCAAGGUUGGUGAAUGCAGUGGCUAAACGACAUUUAAAUAUGAAUAUUGAUAGUAUACAAUAUAUCAAACCAGCCGUUGCUUAUGUUCAGGAACUGAUGAGUCUUGCUUCUGAGAAAGGAUUCAUUGUUUCGCGAAUAAACGCCAGAGAAUUGAGUAAUAAACUCAGUGACACAAUCAACAAUGAUCUAAUUGGUCCAUUGCUCAAGGCAUAUCGUGGUUUUAAAUGGGCAACAAAAAUACCACAUUGUGCCACUCAUAUUCUUUGUACCAUUAACAAAAAUACUGAGGAUAAUAGUAACAACUCUCAAAUGCGAAGUCAAAUAACAAAAAUUGCAAGUUUUCCAGCUGCUUGGGCAAUUAGUAAUAAAGCUGGUGUUAAUUUCUGGUCACUUUAUGGAUCCAUAGUAGAAAGUAAAAACUGUGUUGAGAAGUAUCCUGUUGAUUGCUCAGCUUUCCACGAAGAGGAGCUCCGAGUGACAACAGAAUAUUCUCACAAUGAGCUUUAAUGAGGUGUCAAAAGUCUGCAUGAAAUGUGAAAGACUGCCAGUUAAUUGAGCAUCGAGCAUUCAUGUUCAAGACCAAAUAAUCGUGAACAUUAAAAUGAAUUCUCGAUUUUACCUCGAUCUUUUAGACAAUAAGAUAAAUUUAAACUUCUUUCUUAGCAAAGAUAUACGAAAUUUGUCCCCCGUCUUCGAUAAUUUUUUUUUUUUUUUUUAGAAUCGCAUUUAGUUUAUUAUUAAGUCCUGUUUUGUAUUUAGUAUUUAUAUAUAUAUUAUUUUUUUAAAGUAAGGAUUUGAUAAAAGUACAUAUUGAAUUCGCCGUCAGUGCAACAUGAUUUCAUUCGUGGUGCUUUUAUUUACAAAGUCUCUACCUAUAGAAGGCACAAAUCUCAUGGACACUCGCCAACGUACGAGGUAAAAACGACAUACGCUUUACUAAAAUUUAAAAGACAAAAAAAAAAAAAAGUAAAUAAAUAAACUAAUUACUAUGGACGGAAGUCAAAUGACUAGAUCGGCUCAACGCGGUGCCGAAAAUAAAUAUAAAUAUUAGAUAAUCGUAGUAUUCCUUGUACAUAUUAGGUAAAAUCAAAUAAAAGUGUACAUGAAAGUA